UGGCUUCACUAGCUCAGUUGGUAGAGCGUCAGUCUCAUAGUUAAACUUAAUUGUGUCAUCUGAAGGUCGACAGUUCGAACCUGCCGCGGAGCAAUUUCUUUUUUUUUUGGCUUCUUCUUCUCAUUCUUUUUUGUGUGUUUGUAAACAAACGCGAUAGUUGAAAAUAAACAACAAAUUCAGUACAAACUACAUUCUUACAACAACAACAACACAAUCCAUCUUUCAACGUAUAUUCAUCGUUAAUUGAUAGUAGUCAUAGACGAUACUUUCAACCAUUUCACUUAGUUGGUUUCCAUUUCUUUUUUUCAUUUCAUUCCUCCUUUGUUUCCUUCAUUCAUUUCAUCAUUCAUCUUGGGUUUCAUAUCAAUCCCCAACAGUUAUUCAUUUAAUCUUGGUAACGAAACCAUUACACAUCCUGUUUUAUCGUCAUAACAACUUAUCAUACUUAAUGAAUGACAAUUGCAUAAAGUUAUGUCAUUUAAAAGUCUAACAUCUCCUUCAACUGGAUCAGCGGGUGGUAGUCAUCAUAAUAAUAAUCUUCAUGAUUUAUCCCUUACAAAUAAAUCACAACUUGAUACCCAUAAAAGACAUUUCUCCCAUGAUGAAGAUAACACUUUUCUUCCUCCUGCAUUAAGUUCUUAUAGCAUAGCAUUAUUAAAUGAUCGAACUAAAAACUUUCCUAUCAUGAAUACAUCAUCAAAUAGUAAUAGUAAUAAUAAUACUUCCACAAAUACAAAUAAUAAUAUCACUGGAAUUUAUGAAUUGGAUUUCCCUGAUAAUAAAAGAACUUCAUCAUUAAGAAAUAAACUAUCAGUUCAUUUCAAAGAAGCAUCACCUUUAAAUCAAAUCAAUAAUAAUAAUGAUAAUAAUAAUAAUAAUAAUAAUAUAAAAGAUAUCAGACCUAUAUCACGACAGAAUAGUGUUAAUUCAGUAAAUACUCCUGAUAAUAUCAAUAACAGCUCAGCUCAAGACUUUUAUUUAUCAAGUCAUAAUUCAUUCAACUUAUCCAUCAAUAAUUAUUCAUCUCAUACCCAUACUACAACAGAUGAAGAUAUCAUGGGAGAAGAAGCUGCUUCACCUCAUUCUACAUCUUCUCGUACACCAGCAACCACUCCAGGAAGUAUAAUACCCAAUUCUACCGAUAAUAAACCUUCUGUCAAUAGCAUUAAUUCAUCCAGAAAUGGAAAUACUCAUACAGUUAAACGAGCAAGAAGAUUUGGUAAAUCAUUAGGUCCUCCGAAAAGAGCUUCAAGAUUUAGUGAUAAUUAUGAUAAAAUUGAUCUUGAAAAUAAUGAAAAUAAUGCUUUAACAUCUACUACAUCAUCUCCUCCUCCGACCUUUAAUUUGAAUAACUUUUCUCCUAAAAUAUCUUCAAUCAUACGGAUGCCAUCAAAUGAUAAUUCUAAUCCUAAUCGCAUAAAUUAUCCACCUCCUUUAGAUUCUCAUAGCUUCGUAGUGAGUAAUGAUCAUAAGAUUCCAGAUCUAAUGGAUUUUCAACUACCACAAGAGAAUGAUAAUAAACCUCCAAUCACAAACAACUUUAAUAUUCCAAAUAUAGAGCCAUCAAUUAAUCCAAAAAUGACUAAUAAGUUAAAUGACAUAAUCCCAUCUGAAGAUCAAGAGAACCUUGAAGCUUUACCAAAACAUUCAAAAAUACAUAAAACUGAAAGAAAACCCUUAUCAAGUGUAUCAAUAAGUCAAAUUAAUUCUCAAAGUGACUUUGAAACAUUUAGAAAACCUAAAUUACCUAAAUCAACCAGUCAAAUAAGUGAACCUCAACAAGAGCAAAAAGUGAUAUCUACAGUGUCUGAAAUUAUACCCUUAGCUUCACCCGCCAUGCCAACAGAAGAUAAUAAGAAAAAGAAAACUAUAAUAAUAAAUGGUGUUCAUUAUGAAAAACUAGAAUUACUAGGUCGUGGUGGAACAUCGAAAGUUUAUAAAGUAAAGGCAUUGGCAAAUAAUAGACUUUAUGCUAUUAAAAAAGUUACAUUUGAUCAAUUUGAUGAAUCUUGUGUUAAAGGAUUUAAAGGAGAAAUUGAUCUUUUAUUAAAACUUAAACAUGCUGAUCGUGUGGUUAAAUUAGUUGAUCAUGCAGUUGGAGAAGGUUCUAUUUACUUAAUAAUGGAAUGUGGUGAUAUUGAUUUAGCUCAUGUAUUACAAAAUAAACUUGCAUCUAAAAGUGUUUUGGAUUUGAAUUUUGUCAGAUAUCAUGCUAUUGAAGUUUUUAAAUGUGUUCAAGCAGUUCAUGAAUCAGGUAUUGUUCAUAGUGAUUUAAAACCAGCAAAUUUCUUAUUUGUCAGAGGUAUUCUUAAGAUUAUAGAUUUUGGAAUUGCUAACGCUGUACCAGAUCAUACUGCUAAUAUAUAUCGUGAAUCACAAAUUGGUACUCCAAACUAUAUGGCUCCUGAAGCGUUAGUUGAAGUUAAUCAAUCAUUUCCAGGACUUCCUAUGUCGGAUCAAAAUUUAUCAAAUCAACGUAAUACAUGGAAAGUUGGUAAACCUUCAGAUGUUUGGUCUUGUGGCUGUAUAAUAUAUCAAAUGAUUUAUGGUAAACCUCCAUAUGGUGGUUAUUCAGGUAAUCAAAGAAUCAUGGCUAUUGUGAAUCCUCAAGUCAAAAUACAAUUUCCUAACAAGGGAAUUGGAGGUGUACCAGUUCCAAUAAGUGCCAUUGAGUUAAUGAAAAAUUGUCUUGAAAGAAAUCCCAACGAUAGAUGGACUGUUGAUAGGUGUUUGACUAGUGAUUUCUUAAAACCAAAGGUGGUUAGUGAGAAUUUCGUCCGUGAUUUGGUUCAUCUGGCGGUUAAUUAUGGUUAUAAUAAAAGAACCAAUGGUAGUGGUCCUAUGGCUAUAGAUGUAUAUGAUGCAUUGGUUGAUUCAGUUUUAUUACAAAUUGAGAAUCUAAAUUACGCAUAAACAAAGAACA